AUCCCCCGAUCCAAAUGGCACUGCCAGAUUCAUUUGUAGAGUAGCGGUUGACUCGCCCUCGUUCUUUUCUUUUCGUGUCUUUUAUUUGUUUUUAUGUUUUUACGACACAACCAGAAAAGAAAAUAAAGACAAAAAAAAAUAAUAAUCAAACUGACUCAUAUGCGGGAUCUCCAAACUGCAUUUGAAACCAUUUCUCGCGACAAAAAACAAAACCUCCCCAGAGAUCGAUCGUUGUUCGGAGCCACAUACAUUGUUUCCACCACGCAUAAGGUGGCGAGGAAAUGAUUGAUGGAGUCCGGUAAGAACGAGCGUGUGACGAUUCGCGAGUUCUGCGCGAAUGGAAGUUGCAUGGAAGCGAAGGAACUUGAGGCCAAGCUUGAUGAAGGAAACAUUCAAGAAGCAGAAUCGGCAUUGCGUGAAGGGUUGUCACUAAAUUUUGAGGAAGCAAGGGCUCUUCUUGGAAAGUUAGAGUAUCAGAGAGGUAAUGUUGAAGGUGCACUUCGUGUGUUUGAUGGGAUUGAUCUUGAAGCAGCCAUACAGCGAUUGCAAAGUUCCCUUUCUGAAAAAACACCUGUUAAGAAAGGCCCCACUCGCAGUGAAUCACCUUCCUCCGUCUCUCAGCAUGCUGCAACUUUGGUGCUUGAAGCCAUCUACUUGAAAGCCAAGUCUCUACAAAAACUGGACAAAUUUACUGAAGCUGCUAAAGAAUGCAAGCGUGUUCUUGAUGCCGUUGAGAAGAUAUUUGGUCAGGGUAUACCUGAUACACAAGUGGACAACAAAUUGCAGGAGAUAGUCAGCCAUGCAGUAGAGCUCCUUCCAGAGCUUUGGAAACAGACUGGUUGCUAUAAUGAGGCAUUGUCUGCUUAUAGGAAUGCCCUUCUUAGUCAAUGGAACCUUGAUAAUGAUUGCUGUGCAAGAAUUCAGAUGGCAUUUGCUGUGUUUAUGCUGUACAGUGGGGUGGAGGCAAGUCCACCUAGUUUAGCCGUUCAGAUUGAUGGGUCCUAUGUACCCAAAAAUAAUCUGGAAGAGGCAAUUCUGCUUCUAAUGAUUCUUUUGAGAAAGUUUAGCCUUGGUAAGAUAAAUUGGGAUCCUUCUAUUAUGGAACACCUGACUUUUGCACUUUCAGCAUGUGGUCAAACUUCUAUUUUGGCAAAGCAAUUUGAAGAGUUGGCACCUGGUGUAUAUCACCGUAUUGACCGAUGGAAUUUUUUAGCUCUAUGUAAUAGUGGAGCUGGAGAAAAUGAAAGUGCUUUGAAUCUGCUAAGGAUGUCAUUGCAUAAACAUGAAAGACCAGAUGACCUUAUAUCAUUAUUAUUGGCUGCGAAGAUUUGCAGUGAGGAUCCUCAUCAUGCUGCUGAGGGAGCAGGAUAUGCACAGAGAGCAAUCAAUAUUGCUCAGGGCUUAGAUGGGCAUUUGAAAGGUGUGGGUCUUCGGAUGUUGGGGCUUUGCCUGGGAAAACAAGCUAAGGUUUCUUCUUCCGACUUUGAGAGGUCUAUGCUUCAAUCCAAAGCUCUGCAAUCAUUGGAGGAGGCAGUUAGACUGGAGCGAAACAAUUAUGAUCUAAUUUUUGAGCUGGCUAUUCAAUAUGCUGAGCACCGAAAUUUAACUGCUGCUUUAUCCUGUGCCAAGCAGUUCUUUGACAAAACUGGUGGCUCUAAAUUAAAAGGUUGGAGAUUGCUUGCUCUGGUUUUGUCUGCACAAAAAAGAUUUUCAGAGGCUGAAGUGGUGACUGAUGCUGCUUUAGAUGAGACUGCAAAAUGGGAGCAGGGGCCACUACUCAGGCUGAAAGCCAAGCUGAAGAUCUCCCAAUUACGACCCAUGGAUGCUAUUGAAAUUUACCGUUACCUUCUUGCAUUGGUUCAAGCCCAGAGGAAAUCGUCUGGGCCUCUCAAACUUAGUUCACAGGUUGAGGAUUAUACAAUAAAUGAAUUUGAAGUUUGGCAUGGUCUGGCAAAUUUAUAUGCAAGCCUUUCUCACUGGAAGGAUGCUGAAAUCUGUUUGCAAAAGGCCAGAGAAUUGAAGGAAUAUUCAGCAGCAACAAUUCACACUGAAGGUAUUAUGUUCGAUGGUCGUGGAGAAUAUCAAGAAGCUCUUAUUGGUACUUUCAAUGCGGUCCUAUUUGAACCAAACUAUGUGCCAAGCAAGAUCUUGAUGGCUUCUUUGAUACUGAAAAUGGGUUUUAAAGCUUCACCUGUUGCUAGAAGCUUACUUUCUGAUGCACUUAGAAUAGAACCCACUAACCGUAUGGCUUGGUAUUACUUGGGAUUAACUCACAAGGCUGACGGCCGAUUAGUGGAUGCUGCAGAUUGCUUCCAGGCAGCUUCCAUGCUUGAAGAAUCCGAUCCCAUUGAAAAUUUCAGCUGUAUGCUUUGACUAGAUUCCAUUCUCAAACAGUUAACUCUGCAGUCAGAUUCAUAUCAUUUUGUCAGGGUUUUUUGAUACGAGACCCCAGAUGUUUCAUGGAAGGCAAUUCUACUCGAGACAAGUAGGGUUCUGUUGUCAGUUUUGAAAAUGUGUCUUUUUUUUUCUUUCUUUUUUUCAUUUUAAUGUCCUAUCUUAAGAAACUAGGCACGAAAAAUAAGAGUUGGGUUAAAUCAUAAAGUAGGAAAUAAGAUAACAAGGGGGUUGAUGCUAGUCUGGUGGUAGGGGGGGAUGAAUUGUAAAGAACGUGAGAGUUUUUAUUGUGGUUCGGUUCCUCUUUUGCCUUGUAAAUGUGAGAUGCUUACUCGUUAACUAUCAUUCAGAGAAAGUAAACUGUAAAAAUUCAAUUUUCUUCUUUUUUAUUUGCCUAGAUUUAGAAGGUUCUAUCCAUGAAGGAUACAGUUUUUGUUCACUUA